GGUUAUAUAUUUCUUGCCGUCUCUCUGACUAUCACCAAUGCUUGCGAGAAGUGUAGGCCAGUUACGCUUUAUAAGUGCAAAUUCGGCCAGCAUCACUAGGCCACACCGAAAGGUCUACGCCAGGAUGUACCCGACAGUGCUGGUGCAACCAGACGGCGCAUCCGUGACCAUUCGAUACCAUCAACCCAGACAAAUCAUUCAAUUACCGGUCAACAUAUGGACGCUCAGUGAAACGGAACGAAAACAAAGAUUAGAACAGAGAAAACCCAAACAAAAGGUGAAAUAUGUGGAGGAUAUUGAGGAUGGUUUCGAUUCGAACAAAUAUUUAAGUUAUUUAAAGAAGUAGUUAAUUGUUGAUGUGUCACUUUCAUUAUGCAAAUGGUGUAGCAUGUAAUACAAUGCAGUGAGUGGAGAAAUGAAAGUUGUGGGACUUUUGUUUGUAAAAAAUACAUUUUACUUUUUACUAAAUGAAUUCAUCGAUUCAAUUAGUAAUCAUGUUGUUAGUGUUACACAUUUUGUAUCGUGAAAUGUUUAGUGUUUUUAGUUACUGCUGCUGUUUAUGUAGGUAUUUAAAUAUUUCUCGUUGAAUUAAGUACUGUUUUUAUUAAUUUUCACCCAAGAGUUUCACUUAGUUAUCAUCAGAGUCAGGUAUUUGAUUUUGAAAAUUGGGUUUGGUAUUGAUCAGAGAUUAAUUGUGAUGAGUAGAAAUUCAGAUUUAAGAGUAUACAAAUCUCUGUAAUGUAAUAGUACGUAUUUUACAAUCCUGGAAUGUAUUAUUAACGAUUGGGCACUCACAUGUCCCCAAAGCCUUUAUUUGCUUUGUGAAGUAUUGAAGUUCAAAGAGACGGGAAUUCCAGAUAUACUUUGUGAAUUACCUGCAGAAAGAUUUGUAAAUUCCCAAAUAAAUGUGUUAUUUCCCA